GCUUUUAUACAUUAUAUUAGACUACAUAGCUCUCUACUACUAGACUACUAGAAAUACACAUACAUAUACAUAUUACAUGCAUGCCUAUAUCACGCUUACGAUUUCUACUUGAAUCAUAAUAACGUAAUAAUUCAAUGGCGGGGACAAGAGAAAACGUCAUUUUGACAGAAUGGCAGAAGGCCUAGAAAGUCAGUCACGAUUUCAGUUAAGUACGCAUUUUUGUUUGUUUAAUCAAAAUGGAACAUUAUGUACACAAUAAAUCGUAAGGGAAGAAGAACCGGAGGAUGAUGUCAUGAACAGUUUUGUUUAACGCGACUGGAGAAAAGUGAAUAUCAUUAAAAGGAUAACAUUAACUGUAUCGUAAGGUUUCGUACGAACGUUAAAGUGAACGAUUACGAAGAUUUGUACGUGUCGUGUUUGCAAAUGCAUCGCUAGUUUUACACGGGGUUCCUGAUUGUAAUACAGUACUGAUAUAAUGGAGGAUUACAAAUUUCUCUUUAAAGUUGUGCUCGUAGGAAAUGCGGGCGUCGGCAAGACCUGCCUCGUGCGCAGAUUUACUCAGGGAUUAUUCCCCCCUGGUCAAGGUGCGACAAUAGGUGUCGAUUUUAUGAUUAAGACUGUAGAAGUUGAAAAUGAGAAAGUCAAGCUCCAAAUUUGGGACACUGCUGGACAAGAAAGGUUUCGGUCAAUAACGCAAAGUUAUUAUUGGUCAGCACAUGCUUUGAUUUUAGUUUAUGAUAUUUCUUGUCAACCUACGUUUGAUUGUUUACCAGAUUGGUUAAGAGAAAUUGAGGAAUAUGCGAGUAAUAAGGUUCUUAGGAUAUUAGUAGGUAAUAAAAUUGAUCGGGAAGAUAGAGAAAUACCAACACAUGUGGGAGAAGAUUUUGCACAAAGACAUGGGAUGUACUUUUUGGAAACUUCUGCGAAGGAAGCAGAAAACGUAGAACGAUUAUUUAUGGAAAUAGCAGCUGAGCUCAUGGAGGCACGUAGUAAGGAACUACCUAGAUAUGAAACGAAUGCAACUUCAAUAAAUGGUAAAACAACAUCGAUUGGUGAUACAAGUAACUGUGGUUGUAGUCGACUUUCUUAAGUAGCUUUUACAUUUACCUUUAAGAUAUGCAACAAAUGCAUAAUUUCAGUUGCUAAAUAUGUAUGUGGAACACUAUCAUAUGGUUUUUAUAGAGUAUGGGGAUUGAAUGCAAUAUUAGCCAAUCUUUCAUAACUAAACGAAAAAAUUUCUAAUAUUAGGACAUCUUUGAUAUUAUACGUUAGUACCUAGUGUUAUAUCAUGCAGAUUAUAUUGAGAGUUGUGUUGCAAAAAAAGUAUUUAAUACUUUUAAUUAAAAGAAACUUUAAAUAUGUUGAUAAAUAUUGUUUUCGUAGAGUUUUCUUUAUUAUGGUUUCAUGUUUUCGCUGUCUAGAUAAUGAACAAGUUCAGUGUCACUUUAAGUGGACGCUUGAUAAUAUUUCACAAGUGGAACUUUAUAUCCUAUAGUAUUAUUUUGUUGUGUCGAAAAGUACAAAUAGAUAUUUCAUAUUUGGUGACUGAAUAUGAAGUCAUUAUAAAUAUAAGAUUUUUACUAAAAAUUGUAAGCCUAAUAUAUUGUCCAGGAUUUUUUCACAUUUGCAGUACACACGUAAAUGUUGAUCAUGUUAUUUUAAAAUGACUAAAUUUUUAUAUUAAGGAAGGAGAUUGCUAUAAAUAAUUCUUUUACUGUAUCAUUGCUUAUUAUAACAGGUACGCGAUACUUUCCGGUUAAUAGCAUUUAUACAGCCAAAGUUUUGUUGUAUUUUUUAAAGAAUUUAUCCGCAACUUCGGAAUAACGGAUAAUACUUAUUCCGUCUGUAUAUUGUUUAACGUUAUAUUUUACAGAUUUUUUAUUAUUUAUAUUACGAAGUAAGAUAUUUGUUGCUCGUACUAUUGUACUAAUAACACAAUUCUCUUAGCACAUCAUUCUAGUCUUUAUACCUUUUUAUAUUUUAAAUACAAGAAAUUAACCAUAAGUAUUUCAUAUUUUCUAUAAAUGUAUUAUACGCAAUGAAUCUGAUCUUUCGUACGUCUUUCCUCAAUUAUAAAAUGUAGUGUAUGCAUUUUACAUUGUUUCGCAUUUCUCGCAAUCAAACAAUUCGUUGGCUGAUAGUAGAUUAAAAUAAUGUGUGAGGAAAUGCUAAACUAUUCGAUGUAAUUUUUUAUUAACUCAGAAAUUCAACUAAUUGUUCUUUGUAUUAUAUGAAAGUUAUUGUGAUUGCCUUCUUUAUGCAAUGUUUUAUUGUUAAUAAUGUAUAAGUUUUAAAAGAGAUAGAAUCGUACACAAAAGUUUGUAACAAUAUAACGCUGAUAAACAUAUCAGUUCAUGUGUAGAUAAAAAUUAAUUGUAAAAUACUGGGUUUUUAAUUUUAUCGACCAAAACUUGAAGUGUAUCUUGUAAAAAUCAUUAAGUCUAUGCAUUGUUUGAAACAUUAUCUAAAAUAGACAAAUAAUAAUUGUAUCAUUAUUAAGUAAUCGAUUCUAAUGGUCAACUGGAAUAUGUAAAUAAAACAAACUCUGUUUCACUUGAAAUAUACAGGGUGUUCGUAAAAUUUUGGUACAACAGAUGGGUAAGGGGGGAAUAUGUUUCCUGUAUAUUAAAAUAAUUUUUCUGUUAUAAAAUUUCA